CAGUUCAUGUAUAGCUAUAGUUGUUUACCUUUGUUAGUGGUAGUUGCUGAGGCUAUAUCAUGGAUCACACCCAAGUCCACUUCUCGUGCCUUCUCCCCUUUAUAAGCCAUCACAUGUUCUGUUCUUGCAUGUGACUUCUUCCCCAUUCUCUUCUCUCCUCCUCCUCAUAAUCUCUUUCCCUGAUAUGAUGCCCCCCGAGCAAGAAAGUUCCAUUGCAGCUGGCAAUUGUCCAGCUAAUAUUAUGCUCUCAAACUGGACGGAAACUGUUUCUGUUCAUGCUGAGCCACCUGUUUCUUCUAUUAACACCACCCCAUCUUCACAAGAUAGAUUACCUGAUCAACAACAAUCAAAUCCAUCAAGCUUCUCGAUUUUACUCGAGUGUUUACGUCCCGUAACUCUCAAGUUUGAAGACGUUGCAUAUAGUAUUAGUUUGUCUACAAAAGGAACUUGCUGUUCUCCGAAUGGAACAAAAUCGACGAGAAGUGUACUCAAUGGUGUUAGUGGCAUCUGUCGUCCCGGCGAGCUACUAGCAAUGCUUGGCCCUUCAGGAAGCGGCAAGACUACCCUUUUAACAGCUCUCGCCGGUAGACUACCAGGAAAGAUCUCAGGUAACAUAACAUACAAUGGUCUGCCCUUCUCUAGCUCUAUGAAGCGCAAAACAGGCUUUGUCGCACAAGACGAUGUCUUGUAUCCCCAUCUAACAGUGAUAGAGACCUUAACAUACUCUGCUCUAUUAAGGCUACCAAAGAAGCUCACCAGAGAAGAGAAGAUAGAGCAGGCUGAGAUGGUUAUCAAGGAGCUUGGACUAACCAGGUGCAGAAACAAUAUAGUGGGAGGUCCCUUACUUCGGGGAAUAUCUGGUGGUGAACGCAAACGAGUCAGUAUCGGGCAAGAAAUGCUGGUAAACCCGUGUUUGUUGUUGCUUGAUGAACCCACUUCAGGGCUUGACUCGACCACGGCUCAACGAAUUGUGGCCACCAUUAAGGGCUUAGCACGUGGAGGUAGGACCGUGAUUACCACCAUUCAUCAGCCUUCAAGCAGGCUUUACAGGAUGUUCGACAAGGUGGUGGUUUUAUCCGAUGGAUGUCCCAUUUACAGCGGGCAGGCUGGUCGGGUCAUGGAGUAUUUCGGGUCAAUUGGUUACGUGCCUGGGUUCAAUUUCAUGAAUCCUGCUGAUUUUCUCCUUGACCUUGCUAAUGGGAUAAUUCCUGACACGAGAGAGGAUGAUCAAUUGGAGGUUCAUAGCAAAGUAGAUCACCUUGAAGAUCAGAAUUCAGUCAAACAAUCUUUGAUAUCAUCGUACAAGAAGAACUUAUACCCUGCAUUGCAAGCUGAAAUUCGCAGAAAUUUUCAGGACCCAGCUCUUCCAGCAUCGUCAGGAGCAUCAUCAUUAAGAAAUUCUGAGGAUCAAUGGACCACCACCUGGUGGCAGCAAUUCAAGGUGGUGCUGGGAAGGGGUUUGCGAGAAAGGAAGCAUGAAUCCUUCUCAGGCUUGAGGAUUUUUCAAGUCAUGUCUGUUUCGAUUCUUUCAGGGCUUUUAUGGUGGCAUUCUGAUAUCUCACACAUACAAGACCAGGUGGGACUUCUCUUCUUUUUCUCCAUAUUCUGGGGCUUCUUCCCUCUGUUCAAUGCUAUAUUCACAUUCCCUCAGGAGCGACCAAUGCUAAUAAAAGAGCGUUCCUCGGGCAUGUACCGCCUCUCGUCGUACUACUUUGCUCGAAUUGCCGGCGACUUGCCAAUGGAACUUAUUCUGCCCACAAUUUUUGUGACCGUCACAUAUUGGAUGGGCGGCCUGAAGCCUUCCUUAAUCACAUUUAUACUAACCCUCUUGAUCAUCCUUUUCAACGUGUUAGUAUCACAAGGGCUCGGAUUAGCUCUUGGUGCGAUUUUAAUGGAGGUAAAGCAGGCAACGACUUUAGCUUCAGUGACGAUGCUUGUUUUCUUGCUAGCUGGUGGAUACUAUAUUCAGCAUAUCCCACAAUUUAUAGCCUGGUUGAAGUACAUUUCUUUUAGCCACUACUGCUACAAGCUGCUGGUGGCGGUGCAGUACUCGGCCAAUGAGGUUUACGAGUGUGAGCUGGGAAUGCAUUGCCGGGUAAUGGAUUUUCCGGCCAUCAAGUAUCUGGGUCCUGAUAAUAAGUGGUGGGAUGUGGCUGCUCUGUCGAUGAUGCUGGUGGGAUAUAGGAUUGUUGCUUAUAUGGCUUUGAGAAUGGGCCAACCUCACUGACCCAUAUGAAUGUGAUCAUCUCCAUGGUUUUUGAGUAACAUCAUCUUCAUCUCUUGACUAGAAGAAAUUAACCUUGAUGAAGGUUAGGUUGCAUAAAUGUAAAUUGGAUUUCAGAACAACUGAAAAGAUUGUCAUAUUGUUGUCCAAUUACAUUAAAUUUGUAAAGUGGACUGAUUAUGAUUAAUGAGAAUUUCUCUUUAUUAUUAGUUUGU